UUGUGUUUGCCAUUCCUAUCCGAGUACUUACUUGUCAUCGCUAGCCAUACAGCUGUUGUGGAAAAUAUUUUAAGCCGAAUAAGCACUGCUAUCGUCGGAGACUGACACCAAUAGAGGAAUCCAUCCAAGAUGUCGCACACCAUUCUGUUCGUUCAGCCCGGGGCUCGCCCGGAGACUCGCACUUACUGCGACUACGAGAGCGUCAACGAGUGCAUCGAGAGCGUGUGCAAGUCCUACGAGGGGUAUCUGAAGCGCCGCAACCCCAAAAAAUCGACCAUUACGUACGAGAUCAGCCAGCUCUUCGACUUCCUCGAUCGGUUGAAGGACAUCUGCUGCUUGGUGUACCAGAAGAGCACCAAAACAUACGCCCCGUUCAGCAAGGAGUGGAUCAAGUCUAAGAUCUACGACCUGCUCCGCGGAUCGGCGCACAGCGCUUGAGACGAGUCCAGGGAUGCUGCACGACGAAGUAACCAACAAACAUCGAAGUAACAUCGAAGUAACCAACAAAACAACACGCAAGACGGUGAACACACCACACAGAAGGGAAUCAUCCGGGGGCAACACAUAAUCAUCAUAAGCAGAUCAAUGACACAAUAAGAAUUCGAACAGCAACCACAGUCACAUCCAACAUCGUCUGAAGCACUUAACAAUCAAUAAAAUGUAUUCCUUACUUAACAAGAAAUAAUAUAAUGUAGAAACUAG